GAGAGACCUUCCGGGCGGCCCCAGGGGCAUGGAGGACUGGAGGGGAGCAGCGCUGUACUAGGGAAGCUUGAAGCAACCCGAACCUGAAACAGCCACACAGCCUUAUGUUUGACCAUACUCCUCAUUCUCUUCUCACUUAAUUCCCCCUGAAGCCCUGUGACAUAAGUGGCAUUCAUUUCUAGAUGAGGCAGCUGCGGCCCCUACCUGGUCACCGAACUACUACUCUCCUCUGCAAGGCCUACCGUGGAGGCCACUUAACCAUCCGUCUUGCUCUGGGUGGCUGUACCAAUCGGCCUUUCUACCGCAUAGUGGCUGCUCACAACAAGUGUCCCAGGGAUGGCCGUUUCGUGGAGCAGCUGGGCUCCUAUGAUCCACUGCCCAACAGUCAUGGAGAGAAACUCGUUGCUCUCAACCUGGACCGCAUCCGGCAUUGGAUUGGCUGUGGAGCCCACCUCUCUAAACCUGUGGAAAAGCUUCUGGGUCUUUCUGGUUUUUUCCCUCUGCAUCCCAUGAUGAUCACAAAUGCUGAGAGGCUUCGACGGAAACGGGCGCGUGAAAUUCUCUUAGCAUCUCAGAAAACAGAUGCAGAGGCUACAGAAACAAAAGAGAGCUGACUUCAAUGGGCAAAGCAGCGAGAACAAGGUCAAAGUCCUCUCAGAACACUUGUGCAGAGUUCUUAGUUUUAUUAGAUUUAGAGGUCAAUAAAUGGAAUUUUCUUUGUCAUCCAUGUUCUUCUGGCCUGGCCUGAGCAUAGUCCUGGGAGAGAUUUGUUCUUGUGUGACACAAGCUGGGUCUAGGUGCUAAUUAGCUUUUUCAGCCUCUAUCUGGGGAAGCACAGUGGCUGUGGGGUAGGUUGGACUUUUGGAUUGGGCCCUGGGUCUCUUAGAUAACUUUACAGUCCGCUGCCUUCAAAACUUCCCUGUUUCAAAGUCCCCAGCUAAUAUGUCCAUGGCCAGUUCAAGUAAUUCCUACCUUAAUCAUUUAUGGUCAUCCUACAAGUUCAAGAACACAGUUAAUGCCCUGGCUGAUGUGGCUCAGUGGGUUGGAGUGUUGUCUCAGACCAAAAGGUUGUGGAUUUGAUUCCCAGUCAGGGCACAUAGGAAAAGGCAACUGAUUGAUGCUUUUCUCUCUGCCUCCUUCCCUCCCUC